AUGUCUGGCAUCCAAGCAUUUGUUGAAGAAAAUCGUUCAAAUCUUAUUAGACUCCACUCACAGAAGAUGAGACUUCUUAAAAACACCAUUGAUGAAGUUCCACUCAAUGUUCUUUCUCAAAGAUUGCAAACUCAGAAAAUGGAAUCAAGUAAAAUACAUUCAACCAAAUAUCACUCAUUAAAGAACGAGUACAUCUCUAAAAGAUCCACUCUGAUGAGAGAUCUUGAUUUUGAAAUCCAAAGAUGUGUGGAAAAUAUAUAUUCUCCAGAAUCAUCUUAUAAUGAAGAAAAUUAA